GUCCCGUUGCCUUGACGACCAGGCGCCUGUGUUGUUGCGUUGCCUAGCGACGAUUGUUAAAGCGCCACGCCAUGGCGAAGGCAACCUCGAUAAAAGAAGCAAUAGCGAAAUGGGAGGAGAAGGCAGGCGAGAAGGCGGGUGAGGCGAAGAUCGUGAAGCUGUACGCGCAAUACCCACCCAUCGAGAAGAUGGACGCAUCCCUGUCGCUGCUCGCCAACUGCGAGAAGCUGUCCUUGUCCACAAAUUGCAUCGAGAAGAUUGCCAAUCUCAAUGGACUCAAAUUCAUCAAGAUUUUGUCACUUGGACGUAACAACAUCAAAAACCUCAGUGGUCUGGAGGCUGUGGGUGAUACUCUGGAGGAGCUGUGGAUCUCCUACAACAACAUCGAAAAGCUGAAGGGCAUCCACGUGCUGAAGAAGCUGCGUGUGCUCUACAUGUCCAACAACCUUGUCAAGGAGUGGAGCGAGUUUGUGCGGCUGGCCGACCUGCCUGCGCUGGCCGACCUGGUGUUUGUGGGCAACCCCCUGGAGGAUAAACACUCGGGCGAGGGGAACUGGAUGGAGGAGGCAACUCGGCGCCUGCCUCGGCUCAAAAAACUCGACGGCUCUCCAGUCAUCAGGCAAGACGAGGAGGAGGCCGAGCCAGGAGAGUUGAAGAGAGUGACGUGCAGAGGAGGACGGACUCGUCUAAUGGCUUCCAUGUCCCGUCACAGGCAGUGGCAUGUCAGUCCUUUUGUCCUCCAUCCCAUUAGAAACUGUUACACGUUUGCCAAUAUUCACCGACACACCAAGUUCCUGAUGGACAAUUAAAAAAACUAAAUCCUGGAUUUGUGUACAGAUAUGAGGAAUGGAGCCAAGAGAUCUAACGUUAUUUUCUGUUAAAUAAAAAAAUAUAUA